AAGCACCACAGGAAUUAGAAAGUCGAAUAAUCAAGAACCGUAAGGGUCGUACCUGACCAAAGUAGUCCUACUUGUGCCAUUGUUCUUCUAGAAAUAGAGCGUGAAGUUCCUUUCUGAAGAUUGAUAGCCUCUUUGUGAACAAACAGAAGUUGAUUCAAAAAUCCUGUUGUGAAACAAAAACAGAUAGGAAGGUAUCUUUUUUUUUGGGCUACUAUUUCCAAGGGAUACUACAGUACUGCAUUGGGAACAAAAGAAGUGUCGAAUUAACGAUCGCACAAGAUGCCGCAGCCAUACGCAUGGCUAAAGCUGAACAACGCGGGGAGCGUGAACGUCUCCCCGCGUGCGGGUCACACCAUCACCAGCACCAACUUCGGGUUUAUCCUGUAUGGUGGUAUGGACGGCCGCAGAAACGACCAGGGCAACCCGUCGCCGAACAGCGACCUGUACCUGCUCAAGCUGGUCUCCAAGGGCAACUACGAAUGGUCCAUGGUAGAGCUGGACCCGGCCUCCGGCAUCCCGCCGGCCCGAACCCUGCACUCCGCCACGUGCAACGGCGACGAGGUGGUGAUCUUCGGGGGCAUCCACUCCGCCACACCCUACCAGUGCCUGAACGACGGGUGGGUGCUGGACACGGAGGCCAUGGAGUGGAAGCGCAUCCAGUUCAAAGCGUCCCUGGCCGGACAGAAGGGUAGUUACUCCCGCCGUAUGACCGGAUUAAUCCAGGAGCGCCCCAUCCCGGCCGCAACGCAGGCGGCAAUUCUCGGCCGCCGCGGAUCCGCGUCCAAGCUGAUGAUGGGCAAGGCCGGAAAGCUGGGCUUUUUGGACAUCGCCGCUGGUGGUGCUGCCGCCGCUCGGCAGUCCAAGAUGUCCGCGGCGCCCGCAGGACCGCAGACGUCGAAAAUGUAUACUAGUGCUUUUGAGUUUUUUUUUCGCUUCUAGAAACUCGUUUGCAGUAGAAUUUGUGUUGCAACACUCCUGUUUUGAAUGCUUAUGGUUAUGUUGGUACUUAGACGAUGAUAAUUGAGAAGGUCGUGUCAGUGUUUAGUUGGUAUGCACCAUCAAAAGGAAGAAGCUGAGCAUCUGCAACUAUCGCAUUCCAAGAAUGCUGAGAAAUUUCGUAAACGUUCCAAACGGAAACGCAAUUAUAGGAAGAGACAACAGACUUCAAAGUCUUGGCGUGACACGCUGAAGGCGAAGAUGAAUAUCGGAGCUGGCGGUGGCGGCGGAGGCAAGGCAGGUAUCACCAUAAAAGCAAGUAAAAAAGAAAAAGAGGUACUAGAAAACCUCCGCAAAGCGUGGUCAGACGACACCUACCAUCGGGGCGGGAGCAACUUUUUUUUCAUACCGGGGCCAAACACUCGCAUCGCAAACGCGAUCGCCACACGACCUUCUCUUGGCUCCAGCGCGUCGCAAAUGCGAGCGUCGCUUGGAGGCUUAAAUUACCGAACCACGACCUCUCGGCACGUCGCAGACGCGAGCGUUGCCGGGCGGGCUUUUUCUUUCCUUCGCAGACGGCACUGAGUGCACGCUCUGCUUGUCGCUCGUUAGUUGAAAAAAAUCUUCCAAAACUCCUCUUCGCUAUAGGGGCCUCGCGGGACGCAUUGGCGGCAAGUCCACGUGGCAGAGCGUUUUGAAGAGCAAAAUGAACCUGGGUGUCCGCACCUCGCACAGCAAAGAAGGUUUGAUGAGAUACAACACACCUUCGAUGUGUUUUCGCAUGGUGAAGACAACGGAAAAUGCAUUCUUGCCUCAAUUUCAAAAUUGAGUUCGAGAGACAUGUAGGAUAACGCUCAGUCUAUUGGUUUGAUCGUUGUCAGUGACUUUUUCGAAUGAUUAGAUGCCAGUAUAUUCUGUUGAGUUUUUUGUUUGAUAGAUCAGUCAACAUUCAAAGCCCCGUGCGCGAAAAGUAAGAACUUUUUGAUGAAAGCCAAUUAAACAAAAAUCACAACAGCCCAAUCCGACGGCCCGGCCGCAAGCGGUUUCCACAGCGACUUAGUCAACGUGGUCAGUCAGGGUUUCGGCAGUGCUAUCGACACCUCGGAUCAACCCUCCAACGUGCCAACUCAGCGCGCGAACCACACUCUCUCCCUGUUGCAGGAAUCCUCCGUGGGUCUCUUCGGUGGUCACGGUGGUAGCGGAUACACGAGAAAAGCGUUUAACGAUACGUGGAUUCUGAACUUGGAUAACAACCGGUGGACGCAGCUGGUGUGCCAGGGGAACCCGCCCGCGCCGCGGUCCGGCCACAGCGCGUUCGCGAAGGACAACAGUCUGUUUAUCUUCGGCGGCUGGAACAAUGACGGCCAGUUUAACGAUUUCUUCAUGCUGGACGUGGAAAAUAAGGACUGGACCGAUAUGGACCUCAACUGGAGCGUUCCCCGGUGGAACCACUGCAUGCAGCUUGUCGAGGCCAUCCCGAGUUGGCGGGUCUUCAUUUUUGGAGGGUCCGCGGACAGCGCCGGAACGGGCCGAAGUUUAGGUAUUUAAUAAAUGCUUGAUACUUCUGGUAGGUCGUUCAGCCGAUUUUCCACUCUGUCACAGAACAUCAUGGAAGAUUGCUGUUUCAUGUCAACGUGUACGACAUGCAUCGAUUAACAUUUUUAAUUCUCAUCUUGAUUGACAUCAGAUCUAAUCCCACUUCUACUUCACCGACUCAGGUAUUGUCGACGACACGCUCGGUUGCCUGCUGCUUGCGGACAAGUUUGAGUGGUCCACGCCGGCGUUGGAAAACAAGCCGAGCGACAUCAGGGUGCCUCCGCGUGAGCACACGGCGAUCUGCUACGACAAGGAGGAGUCGCGGCUGAUCCUCUUCGGGGGUUGGGCCAACAAGUGGCUGGACGACGUGUGGCAGAUUAACGUGAGCUCCAUCGUCGGACCGCCGUACGCGGUGAUCGGGAUCAAGCCCCACCUCGGGCCGGUCACCGGGGGACAGAAGGUGCAGAUCUCCGGUUAUCGUAAGGAAAAAUCCCCCCUCCCCAUACUGAAAAGGUACGUUUCUAAAAAUUUGUGAUGCUGAUUUGAGACCACAAAUCCUGCCCCUCAUGCAAGAGGGCAAAUUCAGAGACUUCGCCACGAUAUGCAGGCGGUUUGUAAUGCCUGAAGGCCUAUAGGGCAGACGUCUGCCAUGCUAGGCCCCUACACCGAAGGGCCUCCCCUGAGGCUUACGGUCUGCGUGCAGUCCUUUACUGCAAGACAAAUGCGAUUUGUGUACUCAAAUACAGCAACACAAGUCCUCUCGUUUUCGACAUGGGGAGGGGGGAUUUUUCAUUUUGAUACCGGUAUCGGUUUCAAGUCGACCAACGGCCAGGUGGUGGUCCGGUUCAUCACGCCGAAGUUCUACGCCGAGUCGCAGGGCGUGGUGAUCGACGACGAGCUGAUUGAGUGCAACACGCCGGAUGUGGUGGCCACGAUCGGCCCGAAGGACUGCGAGGUGCGCCUGGCGAUCGGCAUCCGGGACUUCACGACGACCAUGGUCAAAUACAAGUACUUCCUGAACACCAUCGCCGAGAAGUCGCUCUGCUACGGUCCGGGUCUGCAGGAGGACCAGCAGGCCGGCACGCCCGACCGCUUCACGAUCCAGGCGAUCAACGAGCUGGGGGAGAACCGCGCGAGCGGGGCGGACGAGUUUCGCAUCACGGUCAUGAAGAAGAUCCCCAUCCUGGAGGAGGGGCAAGAGGUUACGGAGACCACCAAGUACCGGUUCGAGGAGACGCCCUUCGAGUUCGUCGACCACGACACCGGGAAGUACGAGGUCGUGUACACGCCGGAAGAGGGCGACUACAAGAUCGAGGUGUAUUUGAAGGGGGACAACGACAAGGAGUACCGCAUCCGCGGCACGCCCUUCCACGCCUCGGCGGUGGGCGCGGCGAAGAACCGCGCGAACGACUACACGGGCCCGCUGAUGGUGAACUUCGUGUCUUAUCAAAUGCAAAAGUGUCUGGGUCUGGAAGAAUGCAACUUGUGGUGCUGCAUUUGGAUUGCAAAAAAAUCUGUAUUGCAUGAGCAGCAAAGGGAGUGUGAUUUUUGCUACGCGGAGAGGGCAUUUGUCAUGCGGAAUAGGCAUCAAGACGCCCUCAAAAAAUCUGUGAUGCUAGGGCACGCAUCACAGACAUCAUGACUCAUGCAAAACCUGCAUGACAUUGACAUUGACAAGUCUCAGAAUCCUCCAGACCCAGAAAUUUUUGCAUUUGAUACGUCGGGCACCAUGAAAGCGCUCGACGAGUACGCGAAGACCACCGACGCCGGGAUCCACGCGAAACUAAAGGACGGCGAUGUGAAGGGUCUGAUCAAGGUGAAGAACCACAUCACGGAAACCGCCGACAAGGCGGCGUACCUGCAGCUGAAGCAGGACGAGAUUUUCGCAGCCUUGAAGCACAUGGAGAAGGAGGGCAUCCCGAGUGACAAGCAGUUCAAGCUGCUGAAAAAAAUCGGGGAUUUGGUCAACGCGCUGCACGAAAGCUGCGCCGUCGUGGCCAAGGACAUCGCGCCGCUGGUCCAGCAGGAGAGCGACAUCUACCAGAAGAAGAUCCACAUCUUCGAGGAGGAGUUGAAGAACUACGUGGGGGGCUUGCGCAAAGAAGCCUACUACUUCUACAAGUCCGGGCUGGAGCUGGCGUACGAGCGGUGCGACGCGGUCGACAAGCAGUACAACCAGUUCUACGGGGAGAUGGAGUUCCUCUUUCACAUUGCGCAGAACUUCGACUACCCGGGUAUGCUGAACAAUUCGAAGAAGCUGCUCCAGGCGAUCAAGGAAGACUCCACCGCCAUGCGCUCCCUGUGGGUGUUCGAGCAAAUGCGUAUCGAGGUGACCGAAGAGUUCUUGAACUCCCGCUUCUUCGAGGUGAAACCCAUGGACAUGGAGGACGAGAUCAAAGGGCUCGGGAAGAAACUCCGUGAGGUUAAGGUGGACCGGAAGUGCGACGCGUUCCUCGGCAUUGCCGAAGUGCUCAAAAAGUGGGCUGUCUUCUGUCCCCUGGUGGCAGAAUUGCGUGACCCGGUAUAAUGAGAUACAGAGAUAGAAGUUGUAUUAGUAGAGAGACCGCUCCUGAUGCUAGAUGCUGUCUGCUGAAAUGAUAUAAUUUGGUGGCAUAGAAUAUUUCGUUUUUUGUGUUGAUGUGAUAAGAUGUGUGACUGAGCCGAACAAAACGAAUAUCGACAAAUAAUAAUAUCUUCUCACCACAGGCUAUGCGUCAACGUCACUGGACGCAGUUGAUGAACUUCACGGGGAAGGCUGUGACGAUCGACGCCCGCAUCUUGCUUCGCGAUAUGUGGAACAUGGAACUGCACAAGACCCCGGACGCGGUCGAGGAAACCGCGGAUCAGGCCAAGCAGGAGGCCAAGAUGGAGAUCACGCUCGGAAAGCUGAACGCCUCCUGGUCCGUCGUCGAGUUCGGGUUUGAUGCCCACAAGGGCACGGACAUUAUGCUGAUGAAAGUGAAGGACGAGGACUUCGAAAUGCUGGAGGAGCACCAGGUCGCGGUGCAGAACAUGUUCGCGUCACGGUAUCUGGCGACGUUCGAGACCGAAGUCGUCGGGUGGCAGAAGACCCUGGCCAACAUCGCGGAGGUCAGCAACGUCAUGUCCGAGGUGCAGCGGUCCUGGAGUUUCUUGGAGAACUUGUUUAUCCACUCUGAGGAGGUGAAGAAGGAACUUCCGGACGAGUCCGAGCGGUUCGUCGGGAUCGAUAUGGACGUCAAGGAGUUGCUCGCCAAGGGGUUCGCGACUAAGCUCGCCAAGGAGUUCUGCAACGAGCCGGGGAUGUUCGGCAAGCUGGAAAAGGCGCAGACGCAGCUGACUAUGUGCGAGAAAGCUUUGAACGAGUUCAUGAACGGCAAACGUCGCGCGUUCCCGCGUUUCUACUUUAUGUCCUCCGCGGAUUUGCUGGAUGUCCUGUCGAACGGAAACAACCCCGCGAAGGUGGUGCCGCAGUUCCCCAAGUUCUUCAACUGCAUCAACAGCUACAGGCUGGAGUACCCGGACGGCGAGGGCAAGCGACCGCACGCCGUCGGCAUGGACGCGUGCGUCGGUGUCGAGUACGUCGCGUUCCCGGAGCCCUGUCCGCUGGUGGGAAAGGUGGAAAUCUACCUUGACAAGUGCAUCGAGGCGUUCCGGUACUGUCUUGCUUACUACACCAAGUUCGACAUGCAGAAGUACAUCGAUAUGGAGUGCGUGCUCGGGGGCGACAAACGUGCGGCGUGGCUCGUGGACAAGGAAAAGGGUGUGCAGGCCGCGCAGGUGGCUCUGCUCGUCGAUUUGAUCACGUGGGUGAUGCUGGUGGAAGACGGCUUUGACAAGUUCGCGGCGGGCAACAGCAACGGCGUGGUUGCGGCCCGGGAUACGCAGGCAAACUUGGUCGUCGACCUGAUUAAGAUGACCAUGGGGGAAUUGACCAAGCCGGACCGGACGAAGGUGAUGUGCAUGAUCACGCUGGAUGCGCACAAUCGUGAUGUGCAGGUGAGGCUGGUGAACGACGGCGUCGUGGUUCCGACCGCGUUCCAGUGGCAGAGUAUGUUGAAGGGGUACUGGGAUACCACCCUCGACGACGCGCGCCUGAAAAUCGCCGAUGCCGUUUUCCCGUACGGGUACGAGUACCUGGGGAACGGUCCCCGGCUGGUGGUCACCCCGCUCACCGAUCGUAUCUACGUGACGGCCACCCAGGCGUUGCACUUGUGCAUGGGCUGCGCGCCCGCGGGGCCGGCCGGAACCGGGAAGACGGAAUCGACGAAGGAUUUGGCGAACGCCCUCGCGAAGGCUUGCUACGUGAUCAAUGCCGCGCCGGAGAUGGACUAUUUGACCAUGGGUAACAUCUUCAAGGGUCUCGCCGCCUCUGGUUCCUGGGGGUGCUUCGAUGAGUUCAACCGGUUGGUGCCGGAGGUGCUCUCCGUGUGCACGGUCCAGUUUAAGGCGGUGUGCGACGCGGUCAAGGCCCGGUCCAAGCGCUUUAUCCUGCAGGGUGAUGAGAUCAACCUGGACCCGCAGGUCGGUGCCUUUAUCACGAUGAACCCGGGGUACCUCGGUCGAUCCGAGCUGCCGGAGGGUCUUAAGGCGUUGUUCCGCCCGAUCACCGUGAUGGUGCCCGACUUCCGACUGAUCAUGGAGAACAUGUGUAUGGCGGAAGGUUUUACCGAGGCCGGUGCGCUCGGUCUCAAGUUCUCCGUUCUGUACGCGCUGUCCGCGGAUCUGCUGUCCAAGUCCAACAAGUACGAUUGGGGUAUGCGCGCCAUCAAGUCGGUGCUCGUGGUCGCCGGUGGUUUUAAGCGUGCGGAUCCCUCGCUGCCGGAACAGGCGGUGCUGAUGCGCUCGCUGCGUGACACCAACGAGGCCAAGAUCGAGGGUGAUGACUUGAUCAUCUUCAUGGGUCUGCUGGCGGAUCUGUUCCCGGGCAUCAACGUGCCGCGUGCGCGCGACUACGCCUUCGAAGACAUCAUCGUGGCCGCACUGCAGGAGGACUUCGGCUACACCCACGACGAGAACGGCUACCUGCUUUUGAAGAUCACCCAGAUGGUCGAGUUGCUCGGGAUUCGCCACUGCAUCUUCUUGAUGGGCAAUCCGGGUUCUUACAAGUCCGCGCUGUGGAAGAUCCUGGCGAAGGCCAAGACCCGGGUGGGCGACAAGACCACCGUGGUGGACUUCUCGCCCAAGGCGAUCUCCACGAACGAGCUGUACGGCUACGUGAACAUGGCCACGCGCGAGUGGAAGGACGGAAUUUUCUCCAAGACCAUGCGCGACCUGGGGCAGAUUCCGGACACGCAGCCCAAGUGGAUCAUUUUGGACGGCGACUUGGACGCAAACUGGAUUGAAUCCAUGAACAGUACCAUGGACGACAACCGUCUGCUCACCCUGCCCUCCAACGAGCGCAUUCCGUUGAAGCUGCACAUGAAACUCAUCUUCGAGAUCCGUGACUUGAACUACGCCACGCCGGCCACCGCGACCCGCGCGGGUAUCGUGUGUAUGAGCGACGUGGACGGCGUGCAGUGGCGGUCCUACGUGAACUCCUGGAUCCAGAAGCUGGACAAUACCUGGACGCCGGCGCUGAAGGACCAGCUGCGCAAGUACUGGGAGAAGUACCUCCCGGACAGUCUGAUGUUCCUGAAGAAGCAGGCCAAGAUCCAGGUCCCGCUGUUCGACAUCUCGCCGGUGAUGAUCAUUUGCAGUUUGAUCGACUCUUUGGUGAAGCGGCAGGACCAGUUCGACUCCCUGGAGUACUGGUUCGUGUUCUGCUGCGUGUUCGCGAUUGGCGGCUGCCUGUCCGAGGUGGACGGGGUGGACUACCGCAAGGCGUUCUCCACCUGGUGGAAGAACGAGAUGAAGACCAUCAAGUACCCGUCCAAGGGCACGGUCUUCGACUACUUCAUCCAGGACGCGCGGCUGCAGGAGUGGGGCAGUAUUCUGGAGUCGAUCGACUACGACAGCAACACGCCGAUGGGCUCGGUCACCGUGCCCACGACCGAGACGAUCGCGCUCUCGUACGUGAUGAAAGCCUUGAUCGACGUGAAGUGCGCUAUCAUGCUGAUCGGACUGGCCGGUGGCGGUAAGACGCAGGCGUGCAACGGUCUGCUCAAGUCGCUGGACCCGGAGUUCUUCUGCUCGCACAGCAUCAACAUGAACUUCUACACCGAUUCCACGCUGUUGCAAGCCAUGAUGGAGAUUCCGCUGGAGAAGAAGGCCGGACGUUUGUACGCCCCGCCGGGGAAGCUGCACAUGAUCUACUUCAUUGACGAUUUGAACAUGCCGGCCUUGGACCCGUACAACACGCAGACAUCCAUCGAGUUGAUGCGGCAAAAGCAGGACUACAACCACUGGUACGACCGGGCGAAGAUCACGCUGAAGGAUAUUGGGAACACCUCCUACCUGUGCUGCAUGAACCCCACCGCGGGUUCGUUUAUCAUCAACCAGCGCCUGCAGCGGCACUUCUGGACGGCUGCGGUGCCCUUCCCCGAACAGAGCGCGUUGACGACGAUCUACACGACCUUCAUGAAGGGGCACUACGAGAAACUGCCGUUUAAAUCUUCCGUCACCGAGGUGAUCACCUCGAUCAUCAAGGGCGCGUUGUCUCUGCACUCCCAGGUGUCCUCCACCUUCCGCAAGACCGCCGCGAACUUCCAUUACGAGUUCAACAUUCGGCACUUGGCGGGCGUGUUCGAUGGCAUGCUGUCCGCGAAGCCGACGGAGUUCACGGACGCGGAAAAGUUGGUGCUUUUGUGGCUGCACGAGUCGGAGCGCGUGUACGGGGAUCGCCUGGUGUCCGUCACUGACUUAAAGAAGUACCGCGCGCUGGCCGCGGAAUUGUCGAAGAAGAUGUUCAACAAGUACAACUUUACCAAGUACUUCCAGGAGAAGAACCCGGAAAUCCUCGUUUUCGUCCCCUUCUCCCAGGGGUUGGAGCGCAUGGAGGAGGGCGUCAUCUACGACAAGCUGAACGGCGUCGCGGUGUGCUCGCAGCUGCUGAACGCUGCUUUAGACCAGUACAACGAGAACAACGCGUCGAUGGACCUCGUCCUGUUUGAGGACGCCAUGAAGCACGUGGCGAAGAUCACCCGUAUCAUCACGAAGCCCUCCGGCCACCCGCUGCUGGUCGGUGUCGGUGGGUCUGGGCGUCAGUCGCUCUCCCGCUUGUCGGCCUACGUGUGCCUGUGCACGACGAUGAUGAUCGUGAUCUCGGGGCAGUACGGGAUGAACGAUUUGAAGACGGAUCUGCAGGUGAUGUACCAGAAGGCCGGCGUGAAGGACGAGGGCGUCAUGUUCCUGUUCACCGACGGACAGAUCACGAACGAGAAGUUCCUCGUGUACAUCAACGACUUGCUGUCGUCCGGGGAGAUCGCGGACCUGUAUGCGACGGAGGACAAAGACGCGAUCAGGAAUGGUGUGCGCUCCGGCUGCAAAGCGUCGGGGAUCCCGGACACGCCAGACAACCUGUGGGCGUUCUUCAUCUCCCGGAUCAAGAAGAACCUGCACAUGUCGCUGUGCUUCUCGCCCGUCGGCGAGGGCAUGCGCAACCGGGCGCGCAAGUUCCCGGGUCUGGUGAACUGCACCGUGAUCGACUGGUUCCAGCCCUGGCCCGCAGACGCGCUGUUCGACGUGGGGAUCAAAUUUUUGGCCCCCAUCGAGGAGCUCGGGGAAGAGGACUCCGCUACCCGGCUGGGCAUCAACGAGUUCUUCCCCGCGUCCUUCGGCAUCUGUGGCGAGUUCUCGCAGCGCUACAUCGACUUCGAGAAGCGGUUUGCGUACUCCACGCCCAAGUCCUUCCUGGAGUUUAUCAAGCUCUACGCCGCGAAGGUCGGCGGCGCGGUGUCCGGCCUGCUGGACAAGCGCGAGCGGUUGACCAACGGUCUGACCAAACUGCAGGAGACGCAGGUGUCCGUGGCCGCGCUGGAGGAGGACCUGAAGGUGAAGGCGGUGUUCGUGAAGGAGAAGGCCGACGCCGCGGACAAGUUCGCGACCGAGGUCGGUAUCGAGAAGGCCAACGUGAACGAGGAGACCGAGAAGGCGAACUUGGAGGCUGCCAAGUGCGACAAGAUCGCGAAGGAGGUGUCGAUCCAGGCGGCGUCUUGCGAACGCGACCUGGCUGCCGCCGGGCCGCUGGUCGCCCAGGCUGAGGCGGCGCUGGACGUGCUGAAUAAGAAGGACUUCCAGGAGUUGAAGGCCCUCGGUAAGCCGCCCGGCGGUGUCGACGUGGUUUGCGAGUGCGCGAUGCACCUGCAGGCGGGUAUCAACCCGGAUAUCGAGAUCGACAAGAAGGGAAAGAUCAAGGACGGCAGCUGGAAGGGCGCGCAGAAGAUGAUGAACAACCCGGAGAAGUUCUUGGAGGCGCUGAAGGCGUUCAAGCCGGCCAUUGAUGACAGUCUGGUGCCGCAGCAGAACAUUGACUUUGCGAAAAAGUGCAUGGCCUCGAUCGGGGAUGACUUCACGCCGGAGGUGAUGCGAAAGAAAUCUUUGGCUGCAGCCGGUUUGUGCGAGUGGAUCGUCAACAUUGUGAUGUACUACGAGGUGGUCGUGCAGGUCGAACCCAAGAAGCAGGCACUGCGCGAGGCGAACGCGACACUCAAAAACGCUUCCGACCAGCUGGCGGCCGUGAACGCGCUGGUUGCGGACCUGGAAGCCAAGCUGGCAAAGCUGAUGAAGGAGUUCGACACCGCCAUGGCGGACAAGGCGGCGGUGAUGGCCGAGGCCAAGAAGUGCGAGGACAAACUGAACAUGGCCCAGCGAUUGAUCAACGCGUUGGCAGCCAACGGUGUCAUCUGGGAACAAACCGUGCUCACGGUGGAGGAGGACUUGGAGAUCAUGCCCGGGGAGGUGUUGGUCUCCUGCGCGUUCGCGUCCUACCUCGGGGUGUUCACGCGCGAGUACCGCGAGGGCGCGACCAAGCGCUUCGUCGACUUCCUGAAGGCGAAGAACGUACCGAUGGGCAAGACCACGGAUCCGCUCAAGCUGCUCGCGACGGACGCGGUGAUCGCGGGCUGGGCCACGCAGGGCCUGCCGUCCGAUCGCGUGUCGUCCGAGAACGGUGCGAUCAUGACAAACUCCCAGCGCUGGUGCCUGAUCAUCGACCCGCAGCUGCAGGGGAUUUUGUGGAUUAAGAACAAGGAGUCCGGCAACAAUCUGCAGGUCACCCGCAUGGGCCACCCGAAGAUGGUGCAGACGUUCGAGGUUUCGCUCGACACCGGGAAGUCAGUCAUCAUCGAGAACAUGGGUGAGGGCGUCGACGCGGUGCUGCAGCCGGUGAUCGCGCGCAACACGAUCAAGCGCGGCAAGUCCCGCGUGAUCAAAUUGGGGGAUAAGGAGAUCAACUUCCAUGCGCAGUUCAAGCUGUUCAUGCAGACGAAGCUGGCCAACCCGCACUACCCGCCCGAGAUCCACGCCGAGUGUACGCUGAUCAACUUCACCGUGACCGAAGCCGGUCUGGAGGACCAGCUGCUCUUCCUGGUCGUGAAGCUCGAGCGCCCGGAUCUGGCCCGGUUGAAGGCCACCCUGGUCGCGCAGCAGAACGAGUUCAAGGUGAAACUGGCCGAGCUCGAGGCGCUCCUGCUGGAGAAGCUCGCCGCGUCGGAGGGGGACAUCCUCGAGGACGUGGACCUGAUCUUGACCCUGGAGGACGCCAAGAAGACGUCCGACGAGGUGAAGGAGAAGUUCGCGAUCGCCAUCGACACCGAAGCCAAGAUCAACGAGAUCUCCGAGAACUACCGCCCCACCGCGCAGAAGGGCGCGCUGUUCUUCUUCUUGCUGAUGGACCUGCGCAAGAUCCACUCCUUCUACAAGUACUCGCUCGACGCUUUUGUCGUUGUGGUCACGCGUGCGAUCUCCUCCGUCCUGCUUCGCAAGCCGAAGGCGGAGCCCGUGGCCGCGGUCGCGGCCGGGGGUGGGGAGGACGACGAGGAGGACAUGGAACUCGAUGACGAGCCGGCGCCGGUCGAGGAGGUCAAGGAAGAGGACGAGGACGAGGGCGUGAUCGAGUUGAGUGGCAAAGAGCUCGUGGAGCGCGUGCACUUGCUCUCCGGCAUCGUCACCUCGUUUGCCUUCAGCUACACCCGCCGUGGGUUGCUCGACGUCGAUAAGCUCACCAUCGCGACCAUGCUCGCGAUGCGCAUCGGCGUGCUGACCAAGGCGACGACUCGCGAGGAGGUCGACAUUCUGAUUCGUGCGCCCCCAGACCCGAACGCCAAGCCGAUCCCGGAAUCCGCCCGGUCCUGGUUGACCGACGGGAUCUGGGCUCAGUUGCAGAUGUUGGAGUCCCUGGCUGUGUUCAAGUCCGUGAACGGGGCGCUGACCCAGAACAUGGAACAGGAUUCGCUCGGGUGGCGCCGCUGGUACGGCGAGGCGCGCGCGGAGUCGGCCGACUUGCCGCGCUCCUUCCGCGACAUUUCCCCGUUCUACCGCCUUUUGCUGCUCCGUGUCUUGCGUCCGGAUCGGUUGUCCGCCGCGCUAACGCAGUACGUGCACGACAAUCUUGGGAACGACUUCGUAGAACAGGAGCCCUUAUCCUGUGCAAAAGUAUCGUACUCGUAUAAAUGCAAGUAUUGCAUUACAAAUCUUUUUUUAAAGGCAAAUCCGCAUUACAAAUUUUAUCUCUCAUGCUGAGGAAAUUUGUCAUGCAUUCAUACGAGUACGAUACUUUUGCACUGCAUAGCCCUUCAACAUGGAGUCCACGUACGAAGAAUCAUCCUGCUACUCGCCGUUCUUCUUUGUGCUCUUCCCGGGUACGGACCCGACCCCGACCAUCGAGGCGCUGGGCCGCAAGUUGGGCGUCACGGAAGCGAAUGGUAAACUGGUCAACAUCUCCAUGGGACAGGGUCAGGAGAACGUCGCCAUCAACGCCUUAAACAAGUCCGCCAAAGAGGGUGGAUGGUAUCACAGGAGAAUUUUUUUUUAAAUUCGAUUGAAUGGCGAUGCAUCGCAUUUCUUCAUCUUUUCGUAUACUAAGUAAACGAAGUUCUUCCACGACAACCACAGCCUACGCGCUAGUACCCACUUAUCUUUCUAAGUUUCUGAUAUUCGCCUUCACGUGCAAUGAAAUUCAUGAUGAUAACUAAACUAAAACCAUGAACAAAAACAGGGUGAUGCUUCAGAACAUUCACUUGAUGCAGAACUGGUUAAAGGCCUUGGAGCGUCAGCUGGAGAUCGUCGAAGAAUUCGCCGCACCGGACUUCCGUUGCUUCCUGACCUCCGAACCGCCAUCAGCGCUGUACGGGCCCCUGCAAGAGUUGUGCCCAGAGUCCAUUCUGCAGAAAUGCAUCAAGAUCGCCGAUGAGGCCCCGUCUGACGUCAAGAGCAAUUUGAGAAGGUAAGUACUACAACUGCGAUAUUUGGACUAGCAACAAGUUUGAUCGAGAUAUAAUCUGAAAGUUUGAGUACCAUGCUUGUUUCCCCGGAAUCUUACAAUUUGCAAGACUUGGCGCUUUUUUUGAUGGAUUAUCAUGUAGAAGCUGCAUACAGUAACUACUCCUGCAUCAAAGCAAAAGCAUUGCUAUCGCACCAAAAAAAAAAAUAACAGGGCCUGGUCGAAGUUCUCUCAGGAUACGAUCGAUGCGUGCCUGAAGCCGCGUGAGUUCAAGUCUUGCUUGUUUGCGCUGUGCUUCUUCCACGCGCUGAUUUCCGGUCGUAUCAAGUUUGGCGCCCAAGGCUGGUCGCGUAAGUACCCGUUCAAUGAUGGGGAUUUGACCAUCUCCGCCACGGUGCACCGGAACUACAUGAACGCCGCGCACCACCAGGAGAACGACGUGCCAUGGCCGGAUCUUCGCUACAUUACCGGUGAAAUCAUGUAUGGUGGGCACAUUACCGAUCCCUGGGAUCGACGCGUGAACAACACGUACUUGGCCGUGCUGGUGAUCCCCGAUUUGCUGAACGGUAUGAAUCUGGCUCCGGGCUUCAAGUCACCGGACUCAAGCAAGAUGGACUACAUGGGGUACAUCAAGUACAUCGAAGAGAAAUUCCCCGCGGAGUCUCCAUCCCUGUACGGCAUGCACGCGAACGCCGAGAUCGGGUACUUAUUAUUUUGCUACAUGGUCAGUCACAGUCUCUCACAACUCUCUGCAGCUUGCACAUGCCUUUCCAUGGUUCGUCGUGUUUUCCGCAACAUGAACAUAGCAUAACAUUCACAGGGUCCUAUUUUCUCUUUCGGAGCCUCUUUCAUCAAAAUUCUGUGUUGAAAUAAAACCAGACGUGAUCAAUCUAAAUCGCAUUUGUGAUGAACAAUACAGCUACCUGACCGAUUCUGGUGUGAAGAUCUUCAAGACCAUGAUGGCGACCGCUGGUGGUUCCGGAGGCGGUGGCGGUGGCGAUCUGGGCAGCGUCAGCCCACUGAUUGCGGCGUUUCUCGAGGUGAGUGAAAAUCUACUGUGCAUUCUUAUUUUCAGUGUCAUUUUCUAAAAACCGACUACGCGAUUUUUACUGGCACUAGGGAAAAGAAACUACAUCCCCAAGUAUUAAUACCGCAAGAAUCUUCUAGAUCUGAAUUUUGUUCAUCUUUCCGAAACCAAAUCAGGCUUGCCCGGUGCCGGUCGACAUGAUGGAAGUGCGUGCCAAAUGCCCACCAGAAUUGCGAUCCGAUCCGUACGUGAUCGUGUCCUUCCAGGAAUCCGACCGAAUGAACAUUUUGUUGAGCGAGAUCAAGCGUUCGCUGCUCGAGUUGGAGCUCGGUAUUUCCGGCGCACUCAACGUGACGGAAAAGAUGGAGGCGCUCGCGGGCUGCCUGAACCUGAACAAGGUAGAAGUUGUGAAUAGCAUGACAUUAGUCCUGCUCUUGUUUUUGAGGCUGCUUUGUCCUCAGCUAGACCUCAAAUUAUAAAGUGAUAGGAUCAACAGCACAUCGUCGUCGAGCGGUUGUUCCAGCUAAGCGAAAAUUUGAAAAAAAUUUUAUCAGGUGUACGCCGGUUGGGAGAAGCUUGCGUACCCGUCGCUGAAGUCCCUGGGUGUGUGGAUGCCCGACUUGGUUCUCCGCGUGCAACAGCUGUACAGCUGGACGGACAACAUCAACCUGCUCCGCUCCACGUGGUUGCCCGGGCUGUUCAACCCCAACAGUUUCUUGACGGCGAUCAAGCAGGUGACCGCGCGUCAAAAAGGAUUGCCCUUGGACUUCAUGGUCAACCGUUCCUUUGUUACCAACUGGCACGAAGUCGGCGACCUCCCCGCCAUGGCGCCGUGCGGCGGAACCUUCCUUCACGGAAUGUUCAUGGAAGGCGCUAGUUGGGAAGAAGGUAGAAGUAGAUACUUAUUUGCUACACAUUUUCUGCAUUUAAUAUUCACGUACUGAUACUGCGAAUAAGAAGUAGAGUUCGUUGUGUGCAUUUUUGCAUGCUGCUGCACAGAACAAUACAAAAGAAUUAUUUAUUUUCGUUAUGCGUUUGAAUGGCUUUCACUUUCUCUUUGCAACACAGGUAAGGGUGGCGAUGAAGGUUACAUCACCGACAGUAAGAUGAAGGAGCUCCGCGCCGUGAUGCCGGUGGUGAACUGCUAUGCUCUGGUUUCGGAGGAAAUGAGCUGGGACAGCAUGUACCACUGCCCCGUGUUUAUCACCUCGCUCCGUGGCGCUACCUUCGUUUACCAGGCAAACAUGCGCAUGGACGCGGACGACAACGAGGCCCGCUGGGUCCUCGCCGGUGCCGCCAUGCUUCUCACGGAAGAGUAAGGGUACAAAGCGGAUCUGAGGCUGAUAUGUUGUGCAGGUAGUUAUGUUUGCGAACUUUCAAAACCUUCUUUGAAUACUUGUCCCGCCCAUAGCGGUCCAGAAUCAGACAAAAAAUUAUCUUUCAGUUUAUCACAGGUAAAAAAGGUUUCAGAACUUCUUCUUCCGAUCGCAUGUACGAAAAUCAGACUACAUCAAAAUUAUUGCGCAGUAAUAAUAAAGCAGAGUUUCGAGUAUAGGUUUACAGUAAUCAGACACCAGAGCAAAAAAUCAGUUUACAGACAGACAGAAUCAGAAAAACAUCAUGCACCCUUUGUUGGUGAACAGAACUUGAGGUGGUUAUACUUCUUGAAUCAGACAGGUUUCGGCUGUAUCUUUUCUUAUUUUAUCACAAAAAAGUUUGCAGAAUCAGGUUUCGUACAGUAUCAGUACUUUUCAAGAUAAUAGAAAGUCAGACAUUUUGUUUCGAACGAAAAUAAAGUUUCCUCCCCUGGUGAGGCGCCACUUCGUCUGGGGUCUCUUGGAGGAUUGUAACUUUUAUCUCUAAAAACGCUGCUUGUGACAAGACUGGGCCACUCUUCACAUGGUAUAGCAUGGGAUUGUCGUUACAUUGCGGUCGUCGCAAAAUAAACUCAUGAAGAUCUGUGUCUUCGGCUGCGGGUGCACGGCAGGAAGUAGAGCUUUUGUUUCUUUCUAUUGUCACAGGUUUACUACACAGAACUAAAAUGCACAGAAUCUUCUACCAUGCAGUUGCAGAGGAAACUAUCUAAAACGUACAACCUGCGGAAUAUGUUUUAGAAAAAUGCGAGGAAGAAGAUCAAGGAAGAAAGCUGUGCGACCUAUCGCUGUCGUAGCGGAUAUGACAAUGUCUAAAGCUGUUUCCAUAGCGCUUGUCAG